UUGCCGGCGGAGCUCCCGGAGUUCCGCGGCCCGGGGUGUCGGUUUUCCGCCGCGACGCAGCCGGCGCUGCGCUCCCAGCCUCCCCCACCCCCUCCUCGGCCCCUCCCUCGAUCGCUGCGGUCUGGUGGCGCCUGGAGGGCGGUCUGCGGGCGGGCCGUCCUCUCAGCCGUAGCCCACCCCCUCUUAAAGCCUCGGCGGGAAGAUGAGGUUCCGUGAGCCGCUCCUGGGCGGCAGCGCCGCGAUGCCUGGCGCGACCCUGCAGCGGGCCUGCCGCCUGCUCGUGGCCGUCUGCGCGCUGCACCUCGGCAUCACCCUUGUCUAUUACCUCUCGGGCCGCGACCUGAGCCGCCUGCCCCAGCUGGUGGGAGUCUCGUCUCCGUUGCAGGGCCGCAUGAACGGAACCGCCGCCAGCAGGCAGCCCUCGGGAGAGCCCCGACCCCGGGGCGCGCGGCCGCCGCCUCCUUUAGGCGUCUCCCCGAAGCCUCGCUCGGGUCCUGAUUCCAGCCCGGGUGCGGCUUCUAGCCCCGGCCUGAAGAGCAACUUGACUUCGGUCCCAGUGCCCACCACCACUGCACUGUUGUCGCUGCCCGCUUGCCCUGAGGAGUCCCCGCUGCUCGUUGGCCCCAUGGUGAUUGACUUUAAUAUUCCUGUGGAUCUGGCGCUUUUGGCAAAGAAGAACCCAGAGGUAAAGAUGGGCGGCCAUUACUCCCCCAAGGACUGUAUCUCUCCUCACAAGGUGGCCAUCAUUAUCCCAUUCCGCAACCGGCAGGAGCACCUCAAAUAUUGGCUGUAUUAUUUGCAUCCGAUCCUACAGCGCCAGCAGCUGGACUAUGGCAUCUACGUCAUCAAUCAGGCAGGAGACACCAUGUUCAAUCGUGCUAAGCUCCUCAAUGUUGGCUUUCAAGAGGCUUUGAAGGACUAUGACUACAACUGCUUUGUGUUCAGUGAUGUGGACCUCAUUCCAAUGGACGACCAUAACUCCUACAGGUGUUUUUCACAGCCACGGCACAUUUCUGUUGCAAUGGACAAGUUUGGGUUUAGCCUGCCUUAUGUUCAGUAUUUUGGAGGUGUCUCUGCCCUCAGUAAACAACAGUUUCUGGCCAUCAAUGGAUUUCCUAAUAAUUACUGGGGUUGGGGAGGAGAAGAUGAUGACAUUUUUAACAGAUUAGUUCAUAGAGGCAUGUCUAUAUCACGCCCAAAUGCUGUGGUAGGAAGGUGUCGCAUGAUCCGACACUCAAGAGACAAGAAAAAUGAACCCAAUCCUCAGAGGUUUGACCGGAUCGCACACACAAAGGAGACUAUGCGCUUUGAUGGUUUGAACUCACUCACCUAUAAGGUGCUCGACAUACAGAGAUACCCAUUAUAUACCCAAAUCACAGUGGACAUCGGGACACCAAGAUAGCAUUUUGGUACAAAUAAGAGACCUGAAAAAUGGCCAGGGACCUUAGAUGUGUGUCUCUGCCAGUCGACUGGGCUGGUCCCUCUCAUUCGUACAAUCUGAAUGAUAGUUGUCCUUGUUUAUCAUUCAGACAUCUUUCCAGAUGCCCGAGGUGAAUGUAAUGCUACCCACAACCCAGCUCAGCACUGGAUGAAAUUCUACAAGGUGUUUGUCAGUGUAAAGCGUUCAGCCUCUGGAGGCCUUGGACAUAUUCAUAGCAUCAUCACCCCUAAAGACUCAGAACUGUUACAGGUCAAAAUCUAGUGACAGUGGGUUUUAUUCCCACUGUUAAAACUGCUACUUGUGAAGUGGGUAGGAACUUUGCUUUAAUCAGUGAUGUUCAUAGUUCAUGACAAACGGAGGCUGCUGCUGGAUUCAGAUCAAUGCGAUACUCUUUUUUUAUACAAAUAUCACAAUUUUAAUCAGUCUUGUGCUCUGUCCCUUUUCUAUUUUCUUUCAUCAGUAUGCAACUAUUACAAUCACCUUGUGUGUGUGUGUUUUCUUAGCAAAAGAGUUUUAAAACUUGAGCCUGAAACUUGGUACUCUGUCAGUGUGUGGAUUCCAAGACCUCACACUCAGAGCAGGGGCCUUGGACACUCUCACUUCAAAAGCCUGUCUCCAGAUCCCUGUCUGAUUUUCUGAAUGUAAAGUUUUGUUAUUUUGUUUUUGUUUUUUAAGAAGCAGUUUGUAGUAUUUUAAAGAAUAAAUCGAAUUCUGAUUAUGCUAUAGCUUGAUUCUGUGGUGAUCCAAAUUGGAAAAGCUAUUGAGUGUUAAGUCAUGACGAUUUAUUUUUCUGAGCGUGCUGUGUAAACUUGAAUUUCCUAUGUAUUUUUAUUGUGGUAUUUUAAAUGUGGGGAAGGGAUUGAGUAUUUUGGGGAUGGGUGGGUAAUAAUGUAUGCUGUAGUGGUCACAAAUGAGCCUCUGAUUUAGCUGGCAGGCCAGGUUUUGUGAAGAGCAAAAUUUCAGGUCCCUUGAUGAGGGCAAAGCCUACAGGUCAGCCUUAUCCUGCCAGACCUCUGGGUCAGGAACUUGGGAAACUGCUUCUGCUUACCUGGCAGAGCUCUCCCACCACUCCCCCAGGUAGGCAGGGUGGAUGGACCCUCAGGCUCCUAGGCUAUGGUGUUGAAAAUCUUAGCAGCCUCAUGUUUACUAUCCUUGAGAGCCUCUGUACCGCACUCCCUGACCCUCCCAAAGUAACCAGGUCUUGCUUUUUCUCCUGCUCUUUCCUCUUCUUUCUUCCUCUCCCUUUUCACUCCUUUGUUUCCUUCCCUAAAAUUCCCUGCGGCACUCAGGGUCAGACUGUUCAUUCUCCAGCAUGACUGUGCCUUUUAAGUAGAGUCUAGAAAGUUCACCUGAAUCCAGACCCUAUUCGUCCUGAGGAUCCUGGUGCCUAUAAAGCCCUUCGUCACCACGCACGGUUUUUAGCAGGCUCCCCCACAGCUUAGUCUAACCCAUGGGAUGUCAUUUAUAAGCUCACUUUUGUGGGGUGAUGUGCAGUACCUGGGAGGCCUUGAAAGAUGCAGCCUGGGUUGAGAUCCUAAGCUAUCUCAUUCCAGAGCUAAGCCCUUUCUGCUUGUAGCAGCCUGAUCUCCAGCCUUGAGUGCAGAGGCUAAGUGGAUGGUUAGCCCUGAUUCUACCUGUGCCUUUAUUGUUUUGAGCACCACAGUCUUAAACUAAACUUGCUGCUUUUUCCAGAUGCUCUUUAAUGUGUAGAUUAGAACCUAAUUUCUCCAGCCAAAGCAGCCAGGCUGUGCAAAAUGUCUGCUCUCCCAGUUCUGCAUACCUCUAGACGGCCAUUAAAACCGAGACUGGCUGCACUGAGAGGACUUUUGGGAAAUGGAUUUUUUUUUUUCUGUCACCAGAUCCUGACUUUUCCAAAGUGCCUUAAAAGAAGGGAGACAGAUGCUGUGUCUGUCAUGCUGUCCUCUGUGUUACCUUCUAAAGCAAAACUCUGCCUUUUCUCUAUGCUGUUUCUUUUGGGUUCCGUUCAUGUCAAUUAUGUGGUCCAUUCUCAGAACCCAGAGAAGUUGUCUUGCUUGUGUCUCCCAUUUGCUGACCUUCCAGCAUUCUCUGGAGCACCUCUGGCCCAAAGCACAACCAAGGCACUGUUGGGCCUGGGCAUUUGCCUGGUCCAGGAGAUGCUGUUGCCAGCAUCUUCAUUGGGGACUGGAGGAGUGAGGAGUCAGGGAGCAUUUCCUUCACACAUGCUGUGCCUUUCUCUAUAUAUUUGCUGGUGACCUGUGUAACAUGGACUUUGGGAAAGAUGAAAGGCAAAAAAAACGUAAAAAACAAAAAAACAAAAAACCUGCACUGGCCUUCAGCCUGCCAGGGUCUCCAAUGCCCACGGGGCUGUUCCAGAGACUUGUGAUGCUGUAUAUGUAUUUUGAUAUCCUAUGUAUGCAAACGUAUUUACCAUUGGGGCUAGGGGUGUAUCUAUGUGACUGUCUCUGACCUUGAUGUUCGGAACAGACAAUUUUUGCCUUUGAAAUGCAGUAAUAUAACAUGAAUAAAUGACCCUAUCUUUGUAA